AGAUAGAUUAACUCUCGCGUAACAUCAACAAGCGCGUUUAAAAAACGCAGCAAAAGCUGUCAUUUCCAUCCAAUCGCCUAUCCAUCCAUAGAGUUCAGGGAAGUUGCACAUACACUUGACAUUGCUUGACAACUUGACGUACAGUUGUACCAGACAAGACAGAUAUGUCAAAUAGUUGAAAACAACAACAAUUCUGCACAAUCUGUUUAUUUUGUUUCGAUUAAUUUCCUAAAAUAACAUAAAUUUAUCUUUCUGAAGUUUAACAAUUGUUAUUUGGCAGUUAAGAUUUCUAUAAAAGUCAUACACAAUGUGCUAUGUCAUAAUAACUGGGCGCAGUUUGGCUUGGUUACUAAUAAGCUUAGCAGCUUUUAUGCUAAUAAUUACCGGUAUUGUGACUCCUAAAUGGCUUUUAGGCCAGCCUAUAAUAACCAAUGAAAAUAAUAUUACUGGAUUUUUUAUACCCACUGUAGGACUUUCUAAUCGUUGCAUCCGAAAGGCCCAAGAUGGCAAUAGUUGCACUCCAUUCUCUUUUUAUGGCCUAACAACAGACUCGACUAUCUAUCCAACUCCUUGGAAAGCUGCGAUGUUCUUUUUAUCAUUAUGUGCUGCAAUACAAUUCUCAACUGUACUGGCAGGAAUUUUUGCUUGUUGUGUUCAGUCUGUUUUUAAGAAAAGUGUCAUAUCUCUUGCAGGAGCCACUCAAUCUCUAGGAGGUUUAUUUGGUGUAGUAGGACUACUGCUAUAUCCCUGGGGCUGGGGAUCACAGAAAGUUAAAAGACUCUGCGGAGAAAAUUCUGAACCUUAUUUACCCGGAGACUGUUCCCUAGGCUGGGCGUUCUUCGUAGCAGCAACUGGUGUUGCUCAAAUAUUUCUUGCAAGUGCAUUAUCUAAGUCAGCGGACAAAGCUGCUAAUUCUGACAAAGUUCAGUUCCAAAUGGAUGACGGGAAACAACUUAUUUGUAUUGCUUAAAGAUUUACAGUUAGGGAAAUUUAUUUACUAACCAUUAUGAUGUAUACAAUUUUUAUAAUAAUUUUUUCUAUAUUUGAUUCUAAAUGGAUAGUGAAUUUAUUUCUUUAACUGUAUAUCUGUUUUUUGUAUGCUUUAUAUUACGCACAGAAUUGUUUUUGGUAAAGUAUUUUAGUCAUUUUAAAUACGAUAUUUUUUUUUUAGUUUUAAGUAUUAAUAUGAUAAAUAAUUUAAUAACGCAAAAAGGUUAAU